CGGAAGUGAAUGACCUCGUUCUUCUUCGUGGAUCUUCCUCUGCUCUCCACACCGGCCGGGUUUAGCAAGGUUAGCCGAAACAAGUGUCUUAAAUCGCCUUGUACCUAAAAUGUCUCACCCAACACCGUCUGACAAACCUGCAAACCCUGAAAACCCCCGCGUGUUCUUCGAUGUAGACGUUGCUGGACAAAGAGCCGGCCGAAUAGUUUUCGAGCUGUUUGCUGAUAUCACCCCCAAGACCGCUGAAAACUUCCGGGCACUGUGCACCGGAGAGAAAGGCACUGGAACAUCGACUGGGAAGCCUCUGCACUUCAAAGGAUGCCCGUUCCACAGAAUUAUCAAGAAGUUCAUGAUCCAGGGAGGCGACUUCUCCAACCAUAAUGGCACCGGAGGUGAGAGCAUCUACGGGGAGAAGUUUGAGGAUGAAAACUUCCACUACAAGCAUGACAAAGUGGGUCUGCUCAGCAUGGCCAACGCCGGGCCGAACACCAACGGCUCUCAGUUCUUCAUCACCACCGUCCCCACGCCACACCUGGAUGAGAAGCACGUCGUCUUUGGUCAAGUGUUAAAAGGGAUGGGAAUCGUAAAAAUGCUGGAGGCUGUUGACACCAACGAGGACGCGCCUGUAAAGCCGUGUGUCAUAGCAGACUGUGGAGAGCAUACGGACGGGGACAGCUGGGGCUCGGCACCAGACGACGGAUCAGGGGACACCCACCCAGACUUCCCCGAGGACUCCGACAUCGACUUUAAAGAUGUUGAUAAAGUUCUGUCUGUUGCUGAGGACGUGAAGAACAUCGGAAAUAAUCUCUUUAAGAAGCAGGACUGGAACGCUGCGGCCAACAAAUACAGCAAAGCCCUCAGGUACUUGGAGGUGGGUGGAGAUGAGUUUGACGAGGAGGUGACGAGGAAGCUGGAGCCCACAGCCUUCAGCUGCCUCCUCAACACGGCGGCCUGUAAGCUGAAGAUGCAGCUGUGGCAGGAAGCUCUGGAGAGCUGCAAUGAGGCUCUAGAGAUGAACAAAGUGAACACUAAGGCACUUUUCCGGAGGUCCCAGGCCUGGCAGGGGUUAAAGGAGUACAGCAAAGCCAUGACUGAUCUGAAGAAAGCUCAGGAAAUCACUCCAGAAGACAAAGCGACCGGAUGCUGGUUGGAUGAUUCACUUGGUUUCACUCGUAAAAAAGACAAAAAUUCUCCUGGGGAAAAAAGCCACGUUUCCACAGAUGGGUGAAAAAAAGAAAGAUAACAUGACGGAACUCAGAGUUUAGCCUGGCGAAAUCUUUUUUCACCAGUUCUCAACCGUAAACACUGCACAGGAAACUAAUUUAAACACUUAAUAAAUGGAUCGUCACAAGAAAUAAAUGUCCUCACUUGCCCCUCAGGGCUUCCUUUGACACUAUAUAACUGAACAGUAUGUGCAAGUCUCCACAUUUAAUUAGAGUCUGCUGAUUAUUGGACCAGGAUUGGCCUCCUAACGAUUUGUGAUGUCACAAAUUAUUCACACCGCUGCAAUAAAUGUGUCAAACUCUGCACGUACAUCAGUCAACACAGCGGCGCUCAGACAUCCACCGGUGAGCGCAGGAAGGAAAACACAUGUCCUGACUAGAGGGGAGGCUUUCAGGUGUAAGAAUAUAGCAGAGAAGUGGCCACGUCAGCUUCCUAAACGGUGAUUACUUUCCAGCCACCAUCACUUCAGCUGUCUCCGUUGUACAGCUAUAACUCCCCUUUAGCUACAAGUCGAUGAAAUCUGCUGCCCGGGGCUGGACAGGAUAUUAUGGUUUAAGUUUCUGUCCCAAUUUUUUACACAGCUGACACUUUUAUCUGAGUACUUAAAGUGUGACUAAUGAGAGAAUUAUUCAGUGACUGUCGCUAUCUGGUUCCUGGUGUAUUAAGGCAUUUUACCACGUGUCUCUCAAAAA